AUGUUUUACAAAUCAAUUGAAGAAUAUAAUAUUCAAUUGAAUUGUCAAUAUUCAGUAAGCAAACUAAGAAGAUUAAAAGCCAAUCGACGAGAGCGUGCUAGAAUGCAUGCAUUGAAUAAUGCAUUAGAACAACUUAGAAUUGUUUUACCGCAUUCUUCUUGUGAAUCAAUAAAACUCAGUAAAAUUGAAACAUUAAGGCGUGCGCGUGAUUACAUCAUAUCCCUAAUUGAUUUAUUAAAUAAAUCUCCACAUACAAAUCAAUCAAUCAAUCAUAAUUCAAUAAUUGAACAAGAAUCUACGUGA